AUGAGUUCUUUGAUCCACACCAGCUUUACCUUCUGGCUAUCCUUCUGCCACUCCAACAUCAUCCGCCAUUACUUCUGUGAUAUCCUUCCUCUGUUAGCCCUUUCCUGCUCUGACACCCAUGUCAACAAAAUCCUGAUUUUUGCUCUAGGGAGUUUGGAAGUGGCAGUCUCCCUUUCGACCAUCUUCUUCUCUUACUUGUUCAUUCUCGUAACCAUCGUGAGGAUCCGCUUGGCCGAGGGCAGACGCAAAGUCUUCUCCACCUGCACCUCCCACCUGACAGCCAACGUUCUAUUAUAUGGGACGCUGAUCUUCAUGUACUUGUGCUCCAGCUCCAGCUCUGCACUGGAAAAGGAGCCGUUGGUGUAUAUGUUCUACAUGACGAUGACCCCCAUGUUGAAACCUCUGAUCUAUAGCCUUAGGAAUCGGGAGGUCAUUCUUUUUAUGAUUUUCUGUGUGAUAUACCUAAAAGCCUUCUUCUUAGUGCUGGUCUCCAUGGUGGACUGUGCCCUUCAAAUUCCUGUGUACUUUUUCCUCAGGAGUCUGUCCUUUACGGAUAAUGAGCUGGUGUGCACAGACAUCUUCAUGAUUGAGGUUUACAGUGUAACUGCGACUGUGAUCGUCCUGAUGCUCCCCUUUGGAGUGAUCAUUGUAUCUUACCUCCGCAUCCUCAUCACCAUCCUGAAGAUGUUCUACGCCGAGGGCUAUCACAAAGCCUUCUGUACCUGCUUGUCCCACCUCACUGUGAUCUUGCUGUUCUUUGGGGCU